GCGGAGGAAGGAGGAUAACAGGUGAUGGGGGUGGUGAUCCAUUGGUUCCAUCAGGUGGUGAAAACCAUGUCACUGGUGGCAUUGGAGGGAGGUCGGCGACCAACGGCGGAGGAGGUGUAUCAUUAGUCUCUGGGACUCCUACUCCUAAAAUAGGAGGCGGAGAAGGUGAUUUGGUUGUUCCUGGAUUUCCCCUUCCUAAAAGAGGAGGUGAACUAGUGAUUCCUGGAGUGCCUCCGCCUAAAAGAGGAGGAGGUGAACCGGUGAUUCCUGGAAAGCCGCCGCCAAAUAAAGGAGGAAGAGGUGAACUAAUGGUUCCCGGAGUGCCACCGCGUAAUAGAGGAGGAGGUGAAGCUGUGAUUCCCGGAGCUCCACCACCUAAAAGAGGUGGUGUCAUCGUAAAUGGUGGCUGAGAAACUGAGCCGCCAGGUACUGUUGGUGGUGGAGAUAAGACUAAUGGAAGGGGUGGUGAUGGAAGAGAAGAAGAUAAUGGUGGUGGAAGAGGAGCAGAAGGUGGCGGGAGGGGUAGAACUGGAGUAGGCGUUGCCGAUGGUGUUGGUGGUGGCUGAGUUGGAAAUAAAGGUGGUAAUGGAGGGAGUAUAAUCGGUGUAGGGACAAAUUGGAUAACGGGUGCUACUGGUGUCGGUGGGCAAGGUACUGGUGCAGGUGGAGCCGGUGCCGUGGUGCAAACAACACAAGGCUGAGCAGGAGGCGGUGCCGGGGCUGAGACACAAGUAAUGCAAGGCGCCGGGGGUGGAGACGGUGUCGGGGUUGUGACGCAAGUAAUGCAAGGCACGGGAGGAGGAGGCGAUGGUGGUGGCAAUGGUGGAGGUGGGCAAGGAACGGGGAUUGGCGGUGGUGGUGGUGAUGCUUCUACACAAGUAACACACGGUGGUGGCGGGCAUGGUGUGACAACCGGGGGUGGCACUGGUGGUGGUGAAAUAGGCGGUGGUAAAUUUUGCGGAGGAGGUAAGAAAGGGUUUUCAGGACAAGGCACAAUUGGGAAGUUCCAUUGACCGCAAGUGCCGAACACGCAUCUAAAGAACACAUCGCAUUUAGUAGCAAAGGCUUCGCCGUUUCUACUUCGGUUUUGUCUUCUGCUUUUGACUCUUCUGUGCCUUUUUCUAACCAAACCUUUCUUGUCUUGGUCUUUGUGUGUCUGCGAAUUAGUUAUUGAUUCUGUUAUUGAAACACUAAACAACAGCAGUGUAACUACACAUAUAAUUACAACUCGUUUCAUCUCUGUUUUUUCUUCUAACUUCCUAAGCCAUGCAAGAA